AAAUUGUACAGUACUGUAUUUGGAAAGAGGUGUGUUUUUGGCCGCGUUCGUUUUCGCGCGUUUAGUUUUGCUGGUGUCGAGGAGGUUUCUCCCCUUUUUCUAUUCAAAUUGUUGCUGUUCGUCCGUCGUCGAUCGGGUUGACUUAUCAAUAUUCCAGCUUUUACAAAGUUAUUGAUAACAAAGUGAAAUGUUUUCUUCACUUGGUGGUAUCAAGAAAAGAGAGCCAUUGUUCACUUUUAAGAAGAAGACACUUUUCGCCACAACUGAUGACCCGAUAUACAAACCUGUUCUUUUCUCAACUGAUUUACAAACAAAUCGAUUGGUAAAUGCAACGAAUCUAAGCAUAUCACCGUCGGUAGCUUCUUCUAUAUUUACUUCGACAGAAAUACAGCCUGUCUUGUUAGCGAGCAAUAAUACGAAUCUCCCAACUAUACCGACAAAAGCAACUUCGAUAAGUAAUUCAAAGACUGAUGACGACCCAUCGUCAAAGGAGGAAAAAUGCUCUAACAACACGAUAACAAAGGUAGCAUUAAACAACAAAAACCAAGACAAAGAAGACGAAAUUGAUAAAGAAAACAUUAAUGAGAAUACGGAAGAUGAUGUGUUUGAUUUUGCCAGUGCAAUCGAUGAAUAUGGAUCAAAGGAGCUCAAAUUAAUGGUAGCAUCAAACAGGCCUGUUCCUAAAAAGCCACCAAUCACUCGAAAAAGAAGCAAAGCAAAGAAAACAAACUCACCUUGUACAUCAUGCGCGACUAAUAACAUGACGAAGAAAAAUGCAGGCGAAAGUAAAGCGACCGAUGCUGUAAUAGACAAACCUCAUGAUACUUUUAAUACCGUUCAUAAACAGAAGGCGACCAAUAUCACAAAGCCUUUGGAGCCUGAACUAGUAGAACAUUCGCAAAAGCUUCCGAGUACAUCACCGGAAGCAUCAACAACCAAGGAUUCAGCAUGGGAUUCUUCUUCUUCAGUGUCUCCUCCAAUAUGCGAAACACUUCAUUCCAACAAUAGAACACAGGAAGAACCAUAUGAUAUUUUUGCUUUUGAUCCUAAUCCUUCAACCAGACUAUACGAUAAUAAUCGCGGUUAUUUUACUAACGCAACAGCCUCAAAUAUGUCUGUUGCAUAUAAUGACAGUAACGUUUCAUAUCAAUUAUCGACACACAAUAAUCAUGACAAUCCCUCUGUCUACAGCUUCACUAACAUGUACAGUCAGCCAAUGGAUAAUGGUACUUACUGUCACCGAGCAAUUAAUAACUUCUACCAUGAUCAGCUGCCAUUUUCUACAGCAUCUCAGCCGCAACAGUCUCUUCCAACGGCUACUUUCUCGAAUAAUUUUGAUCAGCUACCAUCUAUAAUCAAUCCAUUUGACUUACUCAACGUCUUAAACCCUGCCCCUACUCCACAGCAUUCGAAUGCAAAUGUUUAUUAUCCUUCCGCCACGCAUAUCAUUCAAACCGCGCCGACUUUCUCAGCAGCAUUUACUGCAACUCCAUCAACGAUAGUGCACGUUCCAAUGACAGACAUGACUACUUCUACAGUUGCACCACCUAAACCAUCGACAACACUUUCUUCGUCUUCUUCAUCCACAGCCUCUUCGCGUCUCGGCGAACCAAAAAAGCGCAAACGAAACCUCGUCUCUCAUUUAAAAAGUGCUACAGGCGAGAAGAGCAAUAAGAGUGCAUCGAAAAAGGACAUCGAUUACAUCUUUUCUGAUGAAGAGGACUCACUUAUUGAACACUUAAAGGAAGAACAAAUUGAUAACCCACCAUUACCCUUACGUGAAAUCAUUAAUAAAGAAAGGAGCUUAUCGCCGGAACUUACCCAUGGAGAAAGGAUGGAACUGCAGCUUAAAGCCAUUAUGCGAUCGGAAUUUGGAGAAAGCGAUAAGUCUGAUUCUGUAACAGAAGAUAAGGAAGUGAUUAAACGCAGACCUCGUUAUGAACCUUUGAAUAAAGUCAAUGUUCGUGUCACUUUUCAAAAACCCCACAACACCAAUACCACUCAACACAUUGACGAAUGAUAAUACUACUACCACAGCAACAUAACCUACAGCAUCGCCGUAAAUCAUAAAGCUUACUCAAUUGACUUACAGUUAAUAUAAC